AUUUACUCCCGAUGGACAGAAAGUAAACACACACAUAAGUUCAUGAAACUCUCUCUCUCUCGUUUUUACCUCUGAUAUUAUUUUAAAGACGACCAGGCCAGACUUUUUGAUUCCGAGAUCGAUGGCGGAGCAGCUUACGGAGGAGCAGAUCGCUGAGUUCAAGGAAGCCUUCAGCCUCUUCGACAAGGACGGCGAUGGCUGCAUCACUACGAAAGAGUUGGGAACAGUCAUGAGAUCUUUGGGACAAAAUCCUACUGAAGCUGAACUGCAGGACAUGAUCAAUGAAGUUGAUGCUGAUCAUAAUGGCACAAUUGAUUUCUCUGAGUUUCUGAAUUUGAUGGCACGGAAAAUGAAGGAUACUGAUUCUGAGGAGGAACUCAAAGAAGCUUUCAAGGUGUUUGACAAGGAUCAGAAUGGCUAUAUUUCUGCUGCAGAGCUUCGGCAUGUGAUGACCAAUCUUGGGGAAAAGCUGACAGAUGAAGAAGUGGAUGAGAUGAUACGAGAAGCAGAUAUGGAUGGUGAUGGUCAGGUGAAUUAUGAGGAAUUUGUGAGGAUGAUGCUUGCAAAGUGAUCUUUGGCAGAUGUUUCUCGUUCACAAGGUAGGGAUACAAGACAUAAGUAGUUAAUGUAGGACUGCUGGUAGUAUCUCGAGUAAGACUUCUGUUGUUGUAUUGUCCAUAAAGUAUUUGUUGGUACUGACAUGGAUUUGUAAACUGGCAUGCUUCAUUUUACAUGUUUUUUUUUUUCCCUCA